AUGGCCUACACCGGUUUGAUACUGGCCGUGCUGACGAUCAUCCUGUCCGUGGUGUGCUACUUCAAGAUCCUGUACGAAUGGCACCGCAAGGUGCGCCUGCAAACAGUCCGACCCGGGCGCCUCCAGAAGCUGGCACAGGUCGUGCAGCAGCAGCAGCACCAGCAGAAGCAACAAUCAACCACCAACGCCACAACAACCGAGCUGGUAACGUUCCCGCAGGCGCCGGGCCCGAUCCCGUGGCCCAUCCUCGGCAGCCUCGCCUUCCUCGGCCAGUACGAGGUGCCGUUCGAGGGCUUCACCGCGCUGGCGAAGAAGUACGGCGACCUGUACAGCAUCACGCUCGGCUCCACCCGCUGCCUGGUCGUCAACAAUCUCGACCUGAUCCGGGAGGUGCUGAACCAGAACGGCCGCUACUUCGGCGGCCGGCCGGACUUCCUGCGCUUCCACAAGCUGUUCGGUGGCGAUCGCAACAACUCUCUGGCCCUGUGUGACUGGUCAGCACUGCAGCAGAAGCGGCGCAACCUUGCCCGGAAGCACUGCUCGCCGAGCGACGCAUCGAGCUACUACCAGAAGAUGAGCGAUGUGGGCGUGAUGGAGAUGCACCGCUUCAUGGACCAGCUGGACGAGGUGGUGUCGCCCGGGAGCGACUUCAAGGUGAAGCCGCUGAUCAUGCAGGCGUGCGCGAACAUGUUCAGCCAGUACAUGUGCUCGGUGCGGUUCGACUACAACGACCAGGGGUUCGUCGACAUGGUGCGCAACUUCGACGAGAUCUUCUGGGAGAUCAACCAGGGCUACGCGGUGGACUUCCUGCCGUGGCUGGCGCCGUUCUACCACAAGCACAUGAGCAAGCUGACGCGCUGGUCGGCGGAGAUCCGCGACUUCAUCCUCGAGCGGAUCGUGAACGAGCGCGAGCAGACGCUGGGCGACGAGGACACGGAGCGGGACUUCACCGACGCACUGCUGAAGAGCCUGCGAGAGGACCCGUCGGUGACGCGCGACACCAUCAUGUACAUGCUGGAGGACUUCCUCGGGGGCCACUCGGCCAUCGGCAACCUGGUGAUGCUGGCACUCGGCUACAUCGCGAAGAACCCAGCCGUCGGCCAGCACAUCCAGAGCGAAAUCGACCGGAUCACCGAGCGCGGCCAGCGCAACGUCACGCUGUACGACACCGAGAGCAUGCCGUACACGGUGGCCACCAUCUUCGAGGUGCUGCGCUACUCCUCGUCCCCGAUCGUCCCGCACGUCGCCACCGAGGACACCUGCAUUGCCGGGUACGGCGUCACCAAGGGUACGGUGGUGUUCAUCAACAACUACGAGCUGAACACCAGCGAGAAGUACUGGGACGAGCCGAAGCGCUUCAACCCGAGCCGGUUCAUCGAGACGGCGACGCUGGCGCAGAUCCGCACCGACCUGGGCGAUUCGCCGACGGCGCGGCAAGACCUCUGCAGCAUCAUCAAAACGAACCGCAUCAGCAGCGAGAACGAGCGCACCAUGCAGAUCGAGCGCGUCCGCAAGAACAUUCCGCACUUCCUGCCGUUCAGCAUCGGCAAGCGCACCUGCAUCGGGCAGAAUCUGGUACGCGGCUUCAGCUUCAUCAUCAUCGCCAACAUCCUGCAGAAGUACAACGUCUACUCGAACGACACCACCCAGAUCAAGAUGUACCCGGCGUGCGUGGCCGUCCCGCCCGACACCUACUCGCUCGCCUUCACACACCGCACCGCAGGCGAAACCCGCUGA